UGCUCCGUGGUUUUGUGUGUGUUUGUGUGUUGUUGAACGCGUUGGAAUUCAGAAAAAUGGCCUCCAGUGAAUCACUCUGCACCUGUGGUCAGCCAUAUGACAACACAAAGUUUAUGAUUCAGUGUGAUAUUUGCAAGGACUGGCUCCAUGGACUAUGUGUUGGCCUUCGUGAGCACCAGAGUGUUGACAUUGACAAGUAUCACUGUCCAAGAUGUGAGCUGAUGUGCGGCCCGUCAAUAUACAAGCAGAGGACCAACUGGCAUCGGCUUGAUCCGUACGAAGCGAACGCCGAGUCCAGGCCAGUGCAGACGGGCACUCCCAUCUUCAUCAAGGAGCUGCGGUCCCGCCACUUUGAAGGCGCGGACGAUGUGGUGGUGCGGCUGCGCGGUCAGCAGCUGACGCUGCCCUACCUGGCGCAGCACGGCUGGGAGCGGCCGAUUCAACUCGACUCGGUCGAGGGGCUCGGCAUGCAGCUCCCGCCGGCCGCCGGCUUCACCGUGCAUGACAUCGAAAACUACGUCGGCUCUGAGCGUGAGGUGGACGUGAUCGACGUGGGCCGCCAGCGGGACAUCCGUCUGACGAUGCACGAGCUGGCCGACUAUUUCAGCAGCGGCCAGCGCUCCGAGACGCUCAACUGCAUCAGCCUUGAGUUCAGCGGCACCGGGCUCUCUGCGCUGGUGGAGGCGCCGUACAUCGUGCGGAAGCUGUGCUGGGUGACCUCCCUGUGGCCGACUCCGCCGCCCGAGGGCGUCGAGAAGCCCACCGUCACCAAGUACGCGCUCAUUAGCGCCGUCGACUCGUACACCGACUUCCACGUGGACUUUGGCGGCACGUCCGUCUGGUAUCACGUGCUCCAGGGAGAGAAGAUAUUCUACCUGAUCCGGCCGACGGCGUCUAACCUAACACUGUACCAGCGCUGGCUCAACUCGCCGACACGCAGCUCCACAUUUUUUGGAGACCAGGUGGACGCCUGCAGCCGUCUGUGUGUGCGCGCCGGCCAGACGCUGCUCAUCCCCUCUGGCUGGAUACACGCCGUCUACACACCGCACGACUCGCUGGUCUUCGGCGGCAACUUCCUCUGCAGCCUCAACGUGCCCAUUCAGCUCAAAGUGUACGAGCUGGAGAAGAAGAGUCGCACGCCGCUCAAGUUCCGGUUCCCGUCGUUCGAGACGUGCCACUGGCUGGGCGCCCGCCGCCUGGUGGAGGAGAUGCGCGACUACAGCGACGCCAACCAGCGGUGUCCCACCUACCUGGUGCAGGCCGGCCGCAGCCUGGCCGCCCAGCUGCGCGCCUGGGCACACGACGCCUCGUCGGCCCGGCGAGGUGUGGAGCCCAUACCUGCCUUCAUCAACCCCAGCAAGCUGAUCAAGAUGAUCAACAAGGAGGUGCGCCACGCGGAGAAGUACAGCGCACAUGCGCCGGCGGUGGCUCCUGCGCGGCCCGAGCGCCAAUCGCGCCGCCAGGUGAAGAAGCGACCGCUGGGCGCCGACUUUGUGGAUAUCUCGGAGCGCUCCGAGUUCGAGUCACUGCUGCAGCAGUCGGCGGCGGCCGAGCGUCGCACCGAGCCGGCGCGCCGGCUGACGGUGCCGCGGCCCGUUCCCAGCCCGGCGCCCGGCCCGGCCAGCGGCGCCCACCGCGCCCCGCCGGCCGCCGGCGGCGGUCUCAAGAUCCGGCUGGGGCCGCGCGUGCAGCCGCCGCCCGGGCUGGACGAUGAUGACGAGGAGGCGCCGCUGACCAUCGACGACUCGGCGCCGGCGUCCCGGCGCUACGGCCGCAUCCGCUCCGUGUCCAUGGACAACCCGCUCAAACUGCGCCUCUCCAUCGACGGCCGGGCGGACCCGGCGCCUCCGCCGGCCUCCAACGGCAUCGAGGAGCUGCUGCGCGCCUCCAGCGUGGCUGACGGUGGAGGAGGCGGCGGCGGCGGCUCGGACGGCACGCUGCCGGCCGGCCAGGCGUCGCCGGCCACCCGGGACGCCAUCGUUGGCAUGCUGACCAUGAGCCGCGCCGUGGUGGAGCCGGAGCCGGCGCCGGCGCCGGCGGCUAAACGCAGCCGGCCGCACUCCUACUCAUCAGAUGAGGAGACGUUUGCCGCCACGCAGGACGACGAGUAUGUGUACCCGGCGAUCGACGACUCAGAUGACGAGCACGUGUUCAAGCCGCGCGGCCGGCGCCGCGGCGACGAGGCCUGGAACCCCAAGGCGCGCGUGUCGGUGAACGCGGGGCGCAGCUGGCGACCGGCGCGACCCAACGCGGCGCGCCGACCGCCGCUGACGCCCCAGUCUGCCGGCCACCGGACGCUCGCGUCGCUGAAGAAGGUGCAGCCAAAGAAGAGAGACCCGCAGCCCGGCUCUUCCAGUUCGGGCCUCUCGCUCGGAGGUGGCCCCGACUCUGUCAAACGACCCAAGCCGAAGAAGGGAAUGGCGACCGCCAAGCAGCGUCUGGGCAAGAUCCUGAAGCUGAACAAGAUGAAGUUCUGAGGAGGCGGCGGCGCCGGCGGGCCUUGGACCGGCUGUGAUGUCCCACCUUGUGUUCAGAGGGCGCCGUGCGGCCGGCGGACCGGGGCCGGCGUCUCCCGGCCGUGGCCACGCUCGCACGGUCAGUCCCACCACGGGUGGCUGUGUGUACGUUAUACGCACGCGCUCUGCGCCGCCGAUUAUGACGACGAUCUGCCCUGGUAGCCUUCAUCGCUCAUGUCCAUAGCGGUGGCGCCGUGGCCGGCCGAUGCGUGAUACAUGAAUUAGUGCACCGCGUAGCAUUCAUCAUCCUCAUAUUUACUGGCGUCAGACUGCGCCAGCUUUUUGUUAUCGGAUCAUUCACAAUUUACGUUGUGAGUAACAAGUAGGUCAGAAGCUACCUGCAGCUUUAAGGCCUAACGGCAGUUCAUCGUAUGUGUCCAGUGCGUUCUGAAUGAAUAUUGUAUGAAUACGAAUCUAUCGCAUA